ACACCACCACCCCCUCUCUCACCAUUCCUUCAGUUCUUUGUCUAUCUCAAGACACAAAUAACUGCAGUCUCUCUCUCUCUCUCUCUCUCUCUCUCUCUCUCUCUGCUUCACUUCUCUGCUUGUGUUGUUCUGUUGUUCAUCAGGAAGAACAUCUGCAAGUUAUACAUAUAUGUUUAUAAUUCUUUGUUUCCCCUCUUAUUCAGAUCGAUCACAUGCAUCUUUCAUUGCUCGUUUUUCCUUACAAGUAGUCUCAUACAUGCUAAUUUCUGUAAGGUGUUGGGCUGGAAAUUAAUUAAUUAAUUAAUUGACUUGCCAAGAUCCAUAUAUAUGUCCUGAUAUUAAAUCUUCGUUCGUUAUGUUUGGUUAGGCUGAUCAAUGUUAUUCUAGAGUCUAGAGAAACACACCCAGGGGUUUUCCAACUAGCUCCACAAGAUGGUGGGCUAGCUGACCUAGAUUUGAAGUCUCACUCCUUAUAAUUAUUUUAUAUUAGAUCAUUUUCUAAUAUUCGUGUCUUUUUUUAUUCUAGAGUCUAGAUCUUGUGUUCAACUCUCGUUAAAUCAUGUCUCUCGCCACUGGAGAAACAGAUCAGGAGGGUUUAUUUUGGGUAUAGGUCAAAGCUAAGAUUGAAAUUCACAAAUAGUAAAAUCAGAAUCCAACCAAUUUUAGUAGCCGAGUUGGUCAAAGGAAAAUGUAUAUAGCUAGAUUUAUUGUUUUGGCAAAAAAAAAUCUGAAUAUGCAAAAUACUUGUAUAUCUUUGUAUUAAGAAGAUGAAAAUAAGUAGCAGAAAAUUAAAAAAUGGAUUAUAUUUCCUGGGCUAAAAGAAUUGUUGAUUUGGCACAAUUAAAUUCAGUGUCAAGGUUUUGUGCAAGAAUUCAGUGUGAAGGAAUAGAUUCUCUUCAAAACAAUUUAAUCAUUCAUCUGAUCUGCUCAAAGCUCUGUGCAUCUCCGGGUGCAACGGCCAGGAUAUUUAUUGUGCAGUAAAAAAAUGUCAUAUCCCCUAGCCACCCAAGAAACUGCUCCUUAAGUCCUUAUAAGCACAUAUGGCAUUGUAAUAUAUAUGUUUGAGUUUUAGCGACAAUUUUUUUAAAAACUUUUGGUCCUUUUUAUGAACGUUUUAAGUUUCACUGUCUUUUUUUUUCGAAUUUUAAAUGUAGCUUCAAAUUCUAAUCCCCAAUCCAAAUUGUAAUAAACUUCAAUUCUCCUAAUUAACAUCUUAAUUCAUUUAUUUGAAAACCAGUUCAAAUUCUUUUAGGCUCACCAAACCUUAAACAAUUCAAUUCAGUGCAGAGAUCUUCCACAGCAACAGCUAGACAACCACCAUGUCGGCUCUCACCACGUCCCAGCUCGCCACCUCGGCCACCGGCUUCGGCAUCGCCGACAGGUCGGCGCCGUCGUCGCUGCUCCGCCACGGGUUCCAGGGCCUCAAGCCCCGCAGCCCCGCCGGCGGCGACGCGACGUCGCUCAGCGUGACGACCAGCGCGCGCGCGACGCCCAAGCAGCAGCGGUCGGUGCAGCGUGGCAGCCGGAGGUUCCCCUCCGUCGUCGUGUACGCCACCGGCGCCGGCAUGAACGUCGUGUUCGUCGGCGCCGAGAUGGCCCCCUGGAGCAAGACCGGCGGCCUCGGUGACGUCCUCGGUGGCCUCCCCCCUGCCAUGGCUGCGAAUGGCCACAGGGUCAUGGUGAUCUCUCCUCGGUACGACCAGUACAAGGACGCUUGGGAUACCAGCGUUGUGGCUGAGAUCAAGGUUGCAGACAGGUACGAGAGGGUGAGGUUUUUCCAUUGCUACAAGCGUGGAGUCGACCGUGUGUUCAUCGACCAUCCGUCAUUCCUGGAGAAGGUUUGGGGAAAGACCGGUGAGAAGAUCUACGGACCUGACACUGGAGUUGAUUACAAAGACAACCAGAUGCGUUUCAGCCUUCUUUGCCAGGCAGCACUCGAGGCUCCUAGGAUCCUAAACCUCAACAACAACCCAUACUUCAAAGGAACUUAUGGUGAGGAUGUUGUGUUCGUCUGCAACGACUGGCACACUGGCCCACUGGCGAGCUACCUGAAGAACAACUACCAGCCCAAUGGCAUCUACAGGAAUGCAAAGGUUGCUUUCUGCAUCCACAACAUCUCCUACCAGGGCCGUUUCGCUUUCGAGGAUUACCCUGAGCUGAACCUCUCCGAGAGGUUCAGGUCAUCCUUCGAUUUCAUCGACGGGUAUGAGUAUGACACGCCGGUGGAGGGCAGGAAGAUCAACUGGAUGAAGGCCGGAAUCCUGGAAGCCGACAGGGUGCUCACCGUGAGCCCGUACUACGCCGAGGAGCUCAUCUCCGGCAUCGCCAGGGGAUGCGAGCUCGACAACAUCAUGCGGCUCACCGGCAUCACCGGCAUCGUCAACGGCAUGGACGUCAGCGAGUGGGAUCCUAGCAAGGACAAGUACAUCACCGCCAAGUACGACGCAACCACGGCAAUCGAGGCGAAGGCGCUGAACAAGGAGGCGUUGCAGGCGGAGGCGGGUCUUCCGGUCGACAGGAAAAUCCCACUGAUCGCGUUCAUCGGCAGGCUGGAGGAACAGAAGGGCCCUGACGUCAUGGCCGCCGCCAUCCCGGAGCUCAUGCAGGAGGACGUCCAGAUCGUUCUUCUGGGUACUGGAAAGAAGAAGUUCGAGAAGCUGCUCAAGAGCAUGGAGGAGAAGUAUCCGGGCAAGGUGAGGGCCGUGGUGAAGUUCAACGCGCCGCUUGCUCAUCUCAUCAUGGCCGGAGCCGACGUGCUCGCCGUCCCCAGCCGCUUCGAGCCCUGUGGACUCAUCCAGCUGCAGGGGAUGAGAUACGGAACGCCCUGUGCUUGCGCGUCCACCGGUGGGCUCGUGGACACGGUCAUCGAAGGCAAGACUGGUUUCCACAUGGGCCGUCUCAGCGUCGACUGCAAGGUGGUGGAGCCAAGCGACGUGAAGAAGGUGGCGGCCACCCUGAAGCGCGCCAUCAAGGUCGUCGGCACGCCGGCGUACGAGGAGAUGGUCAGGAACUGCAUGAACCAGGACCUCUCCUGGAAGGGGCCUGCGAAGAACUGGGAGAAUGUGCUCCUGGGCCUGGGCGUCGCCGGCAGCGCGCCGGGGAUCGAAGGCGACGAGAUCGCGCCGCUCGCCAAGGAGAACGUGGCUGCUCCUUGAAGAGCCUGAGAUCUACAUAUGGAGUGAUUAAUUAAUAUAGCAGUAUAUGGAUGAGAGACGAAUGAACCAGUGGUUUGUUUGUUGUAGUGAAUUUGUAGCUAUAGCCAAUUAUAUAGGCUAAUAAGUUUGAUGUUGUACUCUUCUGGGUGUGCUUAAGUAUCUUAUCGGACCCUGAAUUUAUGUGUGUGGCUUAUUGCCAAUAAUAUUAAGUAAUAAAGGGUUUAUUAUAUUAUUAUAUAUGUUA